AUCAUCUGUGUGGUUUUCUGCAGAGUCCACACUGUAGACUGGAGACUCUGAGGCAUAAAAAAGUGGUCUCAGCUCUUAAGUCCAACCCCUCCCAUCUGAGACACCUGGACCUGACAGGAAAUGACCUGCAGGAUUCAGACCUGAAGGAUCUGUCUGAUCUUGUGCAGAGUCCAGACUGUAGACUGCAGACUCUGAGGGUCGACGACAGGGAGAUUAAAGCUUCCGGAGACAAAGCAUGCGACUCUGAUCUCAAACAGGAACCAAACACAGCAGACUCAGAGCUGGAUGUGUCUGACCACAACACAAAGCUGAUGAAGCCUCCAUCAAGCUUCACUCCUGAACUGCAAACUGAAUCUGCAAAAGUCUCAUACAGGUUCAGGUGUCCUGGUCCAGGUGAGUUCCAGUGUACUUUAACUGGACUGGUGUUUGUAAUGGAUCAGGAGGCGGAGCUUUUCUACAAGACUGUCCAGUGGGAUGAGAGCCUCCUCCAAUCAGCUGGCAGGACAGCUGCAGGGCCACUGUUUGAUAUCCAGUGUCCUGAGGAUGCUGUCUGUCAGCUCCACCUCCCACACUGUGAAACUAAGGAUGCUCUGCUGUCUGAAGGCCUGCUGUCAGUCGUCCACAUCACUGGUGAUGGAAUGACCAUCCUCGAACCGCUGGAGAUCACAAACACUCACGUGAUUGUCAGCGUCCCUCAUCUGUCUUCCUUUGGUCUAGUCUGGGACAUUUUAGGGAGGUUAUGGAACAACAUGAAACCAAUUAAUGGCCAAGUUUUGCUGUUCCUUCGACCACCAAACCCACAAACACAGAGGCAGAACCUCAAUGUGUUUCUCCUGCCGAGCAACGUCCCUCUGGAGGAGGUGAGUGCAAAACAGCGAAAUUCUGAGUACAUCCAGUCACCUUCCAAAUGCAAACUCAUCAAAGACCAAAGCUACACUGUUCACUGUCCGGUGGCCUUUAAAGUACAGCCUGAGAAAGAAGAUUUUGACCUGGAUUUUGGACCAAAUUACCACCCAAUAUUUGAGAUCCGUCUGCCUACAAACAUAGAAGAAGCAGCUGUAACAGUCCGAGACCAAACAAGUACAGAUGUGUGGAAGCAUGAAGUUGAGCUCACCGGUCCAAGGAGGAUAACUGUACAGAGGAGCCUCCCAGCAGAGGACAGCCUUCUAGCAGAGGACAGCCUUCCAGCAGAGGACAGCCUUCCAGCAGAGGACAGGCUGCUCUUAGUUCGCGGGCAGUUUGUUAAAAGAGUGUCUGAAUCUGUUCUAAAGCAGCUUCUGGACAAACUUCUUGAGCGUGGCGUUAUAAAUGAUGAUGAAAUGCAGUCAGCCCAAACCAAAUGCAAAGCAGAUAAAGCACGAGACGUGAUCGACACAGUGCGAAGAAAGGGGACUGAAGCCAGCUCUGUUCUGAUCGCUGCCCUCUGCGAGGUGGAUCCGUUCCUUUCCAGAGUGCUCACAUUAAGAUGAAGCUAAAGCCACAAACUGUGGACUGUGAGGAUGAAUUUCACAUUAUUUACACGGCUUCACCAACUGUUGAGUGUCUGUUAACAGUGAAAGAAGCAGAGAGGGAUUUGAGACAGUGAGGACACAGGGUGGAAGCUGAAGGUCUCACAGUCAGUUUACAGUCAGAUCCAGAGUCUUCUCCAUCUCUGGUGCAGCUGAAUGCCUCUUCAUUCAGCUCCAUAGUUACAGAUGGUCUCAGUGCUUCUGUCUCCUGUGCAGCAGUAAUGAAAAGGUUUGAUUCCUCAGGAUCAGAAGCCAAAGCACCUGCAAAACCAGUCUCUGUUAGGGUUUAGACGGGGUCUCCCUCCUCCUCUUGUUCCUGCUGUUUCAGGAACAGGACAGAGCGAGGGGACAUCAUGACUUACCUGUGUUGACGAACGUUUACCUGUUGGUUUGGUUUACUCACGUCUGUUGUCUUACCUGUGCCCCAGGAUUUCCAGCUCAAACAUCUGCUCAGCUGGUCUCUGGAGACGUGGUCCCCGGCUCUGUCCUUCACCAUCUGUGGAAGGAGCCUGGACUCACGUCCUCCCUCAGACCACAGCAGCCUGAGCCGUCUGCCUGAACUCCCUCUGAGCCUAAAGCCUGACUCUCAGAACAAAAUGAAACAGUUGAACUGCCUUUUGUCUCUGCUCUGAGUUCUGUUCUGUUCUUUGGGUCCAGUCUUAGAAAUAAAGUCUCAUGAUUCUGA